GAUCAUGUAGUCUCAAACGACUUAAACUUGAAUCUUGCACACAGGUGUCGGAAACUGUUUUAGCUGAAGCAUUAAAAAAGUUCCCUGAGUUGGAAGAGUGUCACCUGGUCAUUAUGCCAACAGUUCUUGCCAAAGAUGUCGAAGCUAUUGGCCGUUCGUGCCCAAAGCUGAUAUCAUUCACAUACGAUGACUACGGGUACAGAUAUUGGGAUAGUGACAUGGUUGACACGGGACCUGAGUGUAAUGACUUUGCCCUAGCAAUUGCAAAAAACAUGCCCAACUUGCAGCAUCUUAGCCUCUUUGCACAUCGUAUGACAAACGAGGGGCUUGAAGCCAUUCUUCACGGUUGUGCCCACCUAAAGUCGCUAGAUAUACGGCAAUGCUACUGUCUCAAAAUGACACAGGAUUUGGAAAAGAAAUGCCAUGAGAAGGUAAAGGAUUUGAGACUCCCUUCUGAUUCUAUCAGUGAUGUGGCUAGACUUAAUGAGGAUGAACCAUCAUAUGAUGACAUUUGCCCGGAUGUGUGUGGAUGUUGUAGCGGUUCUGACUCUGAUGGAGGGUUUUAUUACUAUCCAUCACCUUAAUUUCAUCUACUUUAGGUACAAACUUAUGUCCGCAUUUUUGUUUUAUUGGUCAAAUAUGUUCCCGUUUGGCUCAUGCUGUUUUGAACUUGGAACUAGUGUUGUGUCCGGGUGUUGCCUCAGGUAAUUCAAUUCUUUCAUAUGGAUUUUUUAGUUUAUACGAAGUAUAUUGUGUGUGUGCGUAUAGUGUUCCUUUCAUAUUAAUUUUAUAAUUGUCAUUGCCAAAAGCACCAAAAUGUUUAGGGGAAAAUACAUACAUAUGAGUAAAACUUAUACAAAUUCCUGAAAUAUGACUUCUUAAGUUUCUUUACCAGCUUCUCUCAAAAAAAGUUUCUUUACGUAUGACUAAGGAGAAUAUUUAGAGACCAAAGUAUCCUCAAAAAUAUAAAGGCACGUAGAUUUGGGAGAAAAAAUAGGUUGCUUCCUUUUUUAAGGAGUACAAUUAAGUCAUAAAUUGAGGAAAAAACAUGCACGCAAGUCAUAUUGUGGGAAACACAAACACUUUAAAUCACACGGAGGGUAAAUUUCUCAAAAUGUUUAUUAAUCGAAUAUGAUAAGGAAAUUUCUAAGGUACCUCUUAAAAUUAAGAGUGUACCGUACCUCUGCUUUGCUGGACCAACAGGAGUCUGACAUAUGGAUUAUUAAAACAAGUAGACAAAAGGCUAUUAUUUGGCAUUCGGUCCUUGUUUUGACGCUGCAACUAAACGGAGGAAACGACGGAAACAAGGAAACGAUUUUAACAGCAGAAAAACGCAGCCAACAAACUCAGAAGUAACCUCCGGAGAAACGACACUGCUGGAACCGCAGGCAAUAAACUCAUGAAGAAGAAGCAACGUCUGGAGAAACGACACUAUUGUGCUCCAAACGAACGCAAAGCAAGGUAUUUUUCUUGUAUUUUGCUAGCCCCGCUGAAGUUUGCCUGACCCGGAGGUGUGCCGUCGUAGUUGUCUCCUCCUGUGUUUACUGGCGGCCAUAUUAUGGAGGUAAUUUUUCCUAUCUAUGGAUGCUCAAAUUUUCAAUUUCAAUUCUCGUCAAUUUUGAUUAGGGCUAAUGUAGUUGUAGGAUUAGAUUACAUUUGAUGCUCCUGUAUCUUCCUCUGGCCUUGAUUUAAUAGUUUGAUUUCAUGGGUUUUUGCCUUUUUAGGCAGGAUAAUUUUUUGUAUUGACUUUCAAAAUAUAAGCCCAUUAUAGAUAUGGUGGACUAAGUAUAGCAUAUCAAAAACAUGUUUCACAAUGGAAUAGCUUUAUACCUUCAACUAAAACGGUCACAUCCCAGAGUGUUUGAUUAUUUGCAUACUGCUCGCCAAGGUACACCUGCGUAAAUAACCACAAACAUCAACAAAUAAUAAAAAAGUCACAAGAAUAGGUUAUUGGGAAGAAAGUAAUGACACGACUUCAAAGAAUAGCGUAAUAAUACUACAUUACAUACAGAACACAUAAGUAAAACUUAAAACGUUAAGAAGUUGGAAACAAACUUGAGGUACUGGAGAGGGAGGGGCUGCAUCAAUGGAAAAAAGUGAGCUGGCUUUAUCAGCUAUUUUGCACAGAGCAGUAGCAGCAUCCUGUUGGUGCUUCACUCUUGUGGAUUCCACAAGCUCUAAAAGCAAUUCCAAUCCUAUAAAGCAUGUCAAAAGAAGAACGAAAGCAUUUUUCAGGCCUAUGCAAGAUAUUUAGAGAACUUAUUACAUUGAGCCCAUUCAAUGUAUACAACAUUUAAAAUCUACCGUCAUUGUCAAGGAAAACUGUCUUUUGAUCCUCUGGGGAACAAAAGUGAGCAAUGGCCUAGGCAAUUCUUCUUUGGACAAUCUUCUCCCCGAUGGACAUCAAAUAUAACAAAUGGCUCAAUACUUGGAAAAGAGGAAAGCAAUGAAUGACUUAUUAGCCACGCAGAGUGUGAAUCAUGUCUCACAUAGUCAUUAGUGAAACACUGAAGUCUCAAAAACAAUCGUGUGACCCGUGUAUGAAUAGAAGUGCAUAGUAAUGAAUCAAGGAAUUGAACUUACUCGGCCAUUAAUCUUCUCCUCUAUUUUUUCAGUGUCUUAUGAGCUAAUAAUACUACGGCACCUGGUAUUUUUCAAUGCUCCUCAAUUCUGCUUAGGGCAAAUGUUGUGGUAUGUUAACUUUUUAUAUUAGAUUAGAUUUGAUGCUCAUGUACCUUCAAUUAUCAGUUUAGAACAAACUGCUUCAAUUCCAGUCCAUUCAAGUAUAAAUUUGGAUGCGUACUUAUUUUUGCAAUUGUACAGAGACAUGUUUGAUGGUCAUCACCCUCCAUAUUAGCAACAUACACCAAUGAUAAAAAGAUGCUUUAUUUAACUGGUGAAACUCAAUUCAUCUUACCACUCCUGUUCCCUUAAAGAACUUUCAAGAUUUUCCACUCAUGGGCUGCUCAAAGGAGCAACUGAUGACCUAUUUAAAGGAUCUCCAAAUUGAUUUUGAACAAUAUGAGCACCCUGUUGUAUUGACUGUUCAAGCUCAGGAAAAUAUGUUGGACAUUUGAAUGAUGCACUGAGUAAAAAUCUGUUCUUGAAGGAUAAGAAGCAUAGAUUUUAUAUUGUUUCUGCAUUGGCAGACACCAGAAUAGACUUGAAAAUUCUAGCUCAGAGGCUCGGAUUGGGAAAAGGAGGUUUGAGGAUGGCCCCGGAGGAUUCACUAACAGGGAUACUUCAGGUAUGUGUUACUCCAUUCACGCUUUAUAAUGAAUCUGCAAGGGGUGUCUAUUAUUAGACCAAGGGAUGAGAAUAAAGGAGCGUUGCUUCUUCCACCCACUUUCUAAUGAUGUGACCAUUGCUAUUAACACAAGUGAUCUUGAUAAGUUUCUGAGUUCAAUUGGAAAGCCAUCAAACUAUGUUGAUCUGGAUGAUAACCCACCAGUCGGGAAGGAUCAACCUCCUGAUCUUGCUAAUGUUGUUCCAUCUGAUGUCCCGACACUGCCUGAUAAUAUGGAGAAGUCAGCUACCUCAGUGGUUCCUGAGAAGAAGGAUCAUGUUGCUGCCGAUAUAAAAGCAGAGGUUAAACCAAAAAAUGCUCAACCCUACUACAUAUAGUCAUUAGUCACAUUCUUGUAAACCACAUUUAUUUUACUCAUCUAUAAGUAAUUACUCCAUAUUUUUUAAUUUAAUACGUAGUAAUAAAAAUUAUUCUAAAUAUAAUUUUUCCAUAAUAUAGCAGAUUAAGACAAUAUUUUAAAUACUAUCCUCCGUUCCAUAAAAGUUGCAACAGUUUGACUUUCACGUUUGCCAACGUGCAACUUUGACUGUAAUUAUAUUUAUUUACAUAUUAGUAAACAUUAAAAAAAGUUAAUAUAUUGGAAAUUUACACUAAUACAAAUUUAUUAAUAUUUUAUACGUAAUAUUUUUAUUAUAUAUAUUAUUAGAAAAUCGUAGUCAAAGUAAGGUGUGUGAAUAGUGCAGAAAUUUCAAUGUUGCAACUUUUAUAGAACGGAGGAAGUAUAUUUUUUCUAUAAUUUGACCGAUUAAGCCAUAACUUCAUAAAUAUUAGCACAUUCGGUUGAUUUAGCUAAUUUAAGUGUUAUCAAACGAGUUCUAUUUAGAAUAUUGAGUAAAAUGAUAUAUUAUUAAUUUAGGGACCUAAAUGAUAUGGUGAGAUUGGUGAUAGACAAUUUAAUGACCAUUUGUACAUUUUUUUUCCUUCCCAAAAGUUUAUUCGUUCUUUGUUAUGAAUAAUACGGAUUUCAGUAUCAUUUAAGUUGUUAAAUUACCAAGUAGAAGUCUAUGUAGGGAGUCAUUAGACUCAUUACGUGUUGAACUUAAUUAGGUCUGGAGGUAAUUAGCUUAGUAAAGACUCAGUCGACGCCUUCUGGGAAUAACGCCCCAGUAUGCACGUUUGCCACUUUUUAGGACUCCAUUUUCCAGCUUCUCAGGCCGAUUAUAUAUCUGAAAUACAGCAUGUACAAACCGUCAACCUUCGGCAAUGGCAAGACAUCCUAAGGGGAGGAAACUAUGCAGCCUAAAAAGAAAACAACGAAGCAAGGCAGAUAUUCCCAUCUCUAUUUCUGGAAAUGGGAACCGCUCAAGCAACGGAGAUUUCAUCCGUAGAAGAUCUCAACAAGUCAUGUGUAGCCAGAAACUACAUUCACUUAAAGAAAUAAUAGAUAUUUCUUCCAGGUAAAAUUCAUAAUCGAUUCCAGUUCCUAGUUUUUACAUAAUAAAAUGCUUAUUCAUUGAUUAUGCUUUAUUUUACCUUGUUGUUUUGUGAUUUUAAUUAAACUGAAGUUGUCCCAAAAGCCCGAUCAAGAAUCUCUGCCCUGCCAAGAAACUUGAGGAAGAUGAAGUGGAUAGCCCCUCACAAGCAUCAACACCAAUUGAGUCUAUCAAUGGGUUCAAUGACAUUAAAGCUGCAUUUAGUAACAUGGUCAACACGAUCAUCACCCACAAUCCCAACCUUUGUUUUGACAUAAGUCCUUCUAGUCUUCCUGUUUUAACCACCAACUAACAAUAUGAACUUUAAUGUUUUUUUAUACAAGUAACGAUUGUGGGGUGUGGGUUGCUAAGUGGAUGAUUGAAUGCUCAUUCAGUGAUGACUAUGAAAAAGUGUUUGUAAGCACGUUAGAUUAUCCUUUUGAUUUUUACUGAAAAAAUCAAUAUAAUCACUGAUGUAUACGUGAGAGUGUUUGUAUGUAUGUAUCAUUAACAUUGGUUAUUUAUUAUAUAGGUUGGACCCGAUUCAAGGAUGCAGAUUGCUCUUGAUUUGAUUAGCCAUCCUUUCAAUGAAUUGAAAGCAAGUGUUGAAGAAAAGGCAAUUCAACAUUGGAUUGAGCUUAAGAGGAAGAAUGGGAUUGUUGGUCUCUAAUUCUUACUUUGAUGCACUUUAGCUUAAGUACUUUAGCUUAACUUUGAAUUUCUAGGAGUUUUUUCUAAUUUGUGGCAGUGGAACACUUUCGAAUUCAUAGUUUGAGUAUUUAAUGAUUUCGUUUGUAUGAAACUUAUAUUCAUCUGUAAUUGGUCUAUGAUAUUGGCAUUCAUUCGUUUGACUGAGUUAAAGCUAACUUAUGAUAGCAGUAAGGAGGCUUGGUGUGUUGUUAUUAUGUUGUGUUGGAGCAUUUGGCAGGAAAGAAACUCUAGGGUCUGGAAGGAAACUCAGGUGGAGAAUGUUCAACUGGAAGCAAGGGUUUUUACCUCUCUGGAAGCUUGGAGAACAGCCCAGUACAUGAGGAGAGAACUGCUGGUGCAGCACGGGUGCAGGGCUAUAGCAGGCAGCAGGUUGGAGUAUGGUCUGGGCAGAUUUGUGGGAGGGAAGUGCGAUGGUGCCGGCCAGCGGGGGAGGUUGCUUAAAGCUGAAUGUUGAUGCGGCCAUUGGGAGGGACCAGUGUGGCCUUGGCUGAGUUAUUCGCAACUCGACCGGGGAGUUCAUUGCAGCAGCGGCAAACUGAAAGUUGCUGGUUUCCUUGACUGGAGAACUGAAAGUAUUUUUAAUCUAGUGCAGUUAGCCAUGAACUUCCUCCCAGCUUUUUUCCCAUGGAGAUAGGGUAGGAGCAAUGGUGUUCCCUCUACCUGCAUGUACUGGAUGUAGCAGCAUGGAAAGAAGGGCGCUCGGAUAUGGAGUUUGAUUUUUUAAAUAAUAUGUUGUUGUUUAGUUUGCAAAAAAAACUUUCCAACUACGACAGUUCAAUAAUAGUUCAAUAUGGGUUAUAUAGGUGAUUUGUUCUUACCUCUCAACACCAUAGUAUAUAUAUUCAUUUCCCUAAGACAAGAUUACUUCAUUUCAGUCCACUAUGUGCAUAAAGUUUCAGG